GGCGGGGCGCAGUAGCCGUUAUGGCGGAGCCUGGCUGAGGCUGCGUAGCUUCUGGCGGAGGAAUAUUAUCCAGGAGGAGUUAAACCUUGAUGAAAAAGAUGCCUGCUGCCUGUGAUUCGGUGCUUGAAGAUAUUGAAGAUAUUGUGUCAGCAGAAGACUUGAAACCACACGAUCGGCAAUUUGUAAGGCAGAAUGUUUUUCCAAAAGUACGAAAACGCAGUUCACAAAAAAAUAAUCAGACAGAUGAUGAACCCCCAAGUGACAGCAUUAUUCCUGGUGCUCAGAAAAUCUGGAUUCGUACAUGGGGAUGUUCUCACAAUAAUUCAGAUGGUGAAUAUAUGGCUGGACAGCUGGCUGCAUAUGGAUACAAAAUUACAGACAACUCUGCUGAAGCAGAUUUAUGGCUGCUGAACAGUUGUACAGUAAAAAAUCCUGCUGAGGACCACUUCAGAAACUCAAUCAAGAAAGCCCAACAAGAGAAGAAGAAAGUGGUUGUAGCAGGCUGUGUGCCACAAGCCCAACCUCGUCAGGACUAUCUAAAAGGCUUGAGUAUUAUAGGGGUUCAGCAGAUAGAUCGUGUAGUAGAAGUUGUGGAGGAAACUAUUAAAGGUCAUUCUGUGAGACUGCUGGGUCAGAAAAAGGAUAAUGGAAAACGGUUGGGGGGAGCACGACUGGAUUUGCCAAAGAUUAGGAAGAAUCCACUGAUAGAAAUAAUUUCCAUCAAUACAGGGUGUCUCAAUGCAUGUACCUACUGCAAAACUAAGCAUGCCAGAGGAGAUCUAGCAAGUUACCCAGUUGAAGAACUAGUGAACAGAGCAAAACAGUCUUUUCAAGAGGGUGUUUGUGAGAUAUGGCUGACCAGUGAAGACACAGGGGCUUAUGGCAGAGACAUUGGCACAGACCUCCCUACGCUUCUGUGGAAGCUGGUUGAAACUAUUCCUGAGGGAGCUAUGCUGAGGCUUGGCAUGACGAACCCUCCCUAUAUUUUAGAGCAUCUGGAGGAAAUGGCGAAGAUUCUCAAUCAUCCAAGGGUGUAUGCUUUUCUGCAUAUACCUGUCCAGUCAGCCUCUGACAGUGUGCUUAUGGACAUGAAAAGAGAAUACUGUGUAGCAGACUUCAAACAAGUAGUGGAUUUCCUUAAAGCAAAGGUUCCUGGAAUAACAAUUGCUACAGAUAUCAUCUGUGGUUUUCCAGGAGAGACUGAGGAAGAUUUUCAAGAAACAGUGAAACUUGUAGAACAGUACAGAUUUCCAAGCUUGUUUAUUAAUCAAUUUUACCCACGACCCGGAACCCCAGCUGCAAAAAUGCAUCAAGUGCCAGCUGCAGUGAAAAAACAGCGAACAAAGGAUCUGUCCCAGCUGUUUCAUUCGUACAGUCCAUAUGAUCAUAAGGUUGGUGAGAGGCAGAGAGUUCUGGUAACAGAAGAAUCCUUUGAUUCCAAUUACUAUGUUGCUCACAAUCCUUUCUAUGAGCAGGUUCUUGUACCAAAGGAUCCUUCGUUAAUGGGUAAAAUGGUAGAAGUGAAUAUUUAUGAAGCUGGGAAACAUUUCAUGAAGGGGCAACCAGUGUCAGAUGCCAGAGUUUACACUGCAUCCAUCACUAGACCGUUAGCAAAAGGAGAGGUUUCUGGUUUAACAGGGGAGUUCAGACAUGCACCACAGAAUGGCACAAACUGGAAAGCUCACCCUUCUGCUGAGAUCCCAGUGAAAACACCACUCAGCUCAUGGGUAGCUUUGCAGCUCCCAUGGCAACAAGAAGGAGGUGGACUGAAGAUCCUGUCUGUCAGCUUGGCUCUACUGGCAGCCCUUGUUAUGUUUUACUACGGUGGAAUGAAAACAGAACUGUGAACUGAAUGAGGCAUUUAUGAAAACAAUAAAACUGCUGUUUAAAAUCUUCAAAGGAAACAUUUUUACCAACAAUUCCUUUUUUUUUAAUUAAAAAAGUUAUUUUAAAUUGAGCAAUAAUUUGUACUCACCCUAUGCCUUUCCUGACAUUUGUAGCAGAGAAUAUUAAUAACCUCUAGAGAGACCUCUCUUGCUAAAAUUUGAGAUCCUUGGCACAACAGUUUGUUGCAUCUUUCUUCCUUUUUUCUAAAAUUAUGCAAUGUUUGCAUUGCUUACUCAUAACUGCUGUAGCAGGUAAAAUUGCAUGUAGUUCACGAGAAAUAUUUCCAUUGAGUGAUAUUGGUGAUCUUUUAUGGGCAGAACAUUUAAAGCUUUCUUAAAAAUUUUGCUUAGUGCAGUGUUAUGGUUUGAUAUGUGUCUUUUUACAUUAGAAUCAAACUGUUGGGCCAUUAAAGUUUGUCAUUUGUUGCUGUUUAUUUUGCUGUCAUGUCUGAAAGAAUUUCUGCCCUGCUCUUUUGCCUCUCUCAAAUUCGCGAUGAGUUACUACGUUGUGUAAAUAGAAUGAGAAUUAUUUUUUACUUAGAAAUAGUUUUAAAGAUACCACUUUUUUAUCGUUGAAUGGGAAUAUGGAGUUCUGGUGGCAGAGAUCUGUUAAAAGAUGGAUUUAAUACUGUGUAGAUUUAGUAUAAUGCUCAGAGAACUACACGAGUUUUGUAUUGGCUGUGCAUUGCAUUGUGCUGUGUAUAAGACAAUAUUGCUCUGUUAGUGAAGAGGUUACAUUUUACACACUGCAAAUUUCUAAUUACUUUCUUCAGGCCAUUUUUGUCAUGACAGGAUCUCCACACAUCUUGAGAUUGUGCUAGUCAGCCAGGAACUGGACUCUGUGUCCAGCUCUUCUCACAGAUGACUGCAUGAUAUUGUUCAUUCGCUCGUGCAUUGUUGCUGAGCUGUCUACAUGGCUAUUGUGGUUUAACCCUGGUAGGCAGCUAACAUGAAGCCACUCACUCACUUCCCUCUGGUGGGAUGAGUGAGAGAAUCAGAAAGUUAAAAGUGAGGAAACUCAUGGGUUGAGUAAAGACAGUUUAAUAGAUAAAGCAUAUACUGUGCACACAGGCAAGGCAAAGCAAGGAAUUAAUUCGCUACUUCCCAUCCACAGGCAGAUGUUCAGCCAUCUCCAAGAAAGCAGGGCUCCAUCACACGUAACAGUUACUUGGGAACAUACCAUAACUCAGAGUGUGUGUGUCCCUCCUCCUGUUUUCCCCCCACCUUUUAUUGGUGACAUGAUGCCAUAUGGUAUGGGAUAUCCCUUGGUCAGCUGGGGUCAGCUGUCCCGGCUGUAUCCCCUCCCAGCUUCCUGUGCUCCCCCAGCUUACUUGCUGGCAGGGUGGUGUGAGGAGCAGAAAAGGCCUUGACUGUGUAAGCACUGCUCAGCAGUAACUAAAACAUCCCUGUGUUAUCAACAUGAGCUUUGUCACAAAUCCAAAACAUAGCUGCAUACCAGCAACAAUGAAGAAAUUUAACUCUAUCCCAGCCAAGCCCAGUAGAGUGGCUGUACAGUGCAGAUGAAUAAUCCUCUAGGAUGAAUGCUUCCUACUUUGUAAAGUGAGGUUUCAUAAUAAUUACAGACAAUUAAUCGGGAAGUUCCACCAUGAUGCUUUCAGUACAGCCUGUAAAUUAUAACAACAGAUGUAAUUGUCUUCAGGAAGUCAGCUGUGUAAUGACUUGAAUAUCACAUUUCUUACUGCAGCCACUGAAGGUCAUGAACAAAAUUCAUGAGAUUUAAAAACAAAAACAAACAAAAAAUUAAACACCCCCACAAAACCAAAAACCAAAACACAACACAACAAAAACCGACCACCCAGAAAACACCAAAAGGAAAAAACAACUGUGCUUUUGAUUUGCUACUGUUUGGUUGAUUUUUUUUUUUCCAGGCCUUUCUGUACAAUCAGGAAUAUGUAACAAUCAGUAAUUUACAUUUUUAACAACUCUGAAAUUCUCAAAAGAAGAAAAAAACAGCAAAACAUUUGUCUCUGGGAGCUAAAAUUUUCAGGAAAAUGCCACAUGUCGGAAGGUUCUCAGGAAAACUAUGAGUUGACAAAAUCAUCAUAUGUGAGCCAAAUUUUUGCAUUUGAUGGGAAUAAACUAUGCAGAUAUGUUCUA